ACAGAAAACUAAACCCAGGGGACAAUUGUUUUUCUGUCUGCGUAUCAGCGUGCGCGCCAUAGCGCUAGCAUUUAUUCCAAGAUGACGCAUAUUGCAGAAGCCCACAUCUUUCAAGUUCACAUCAGUAUCUAGCUUUGUUACUGGUGGAAAUAGUAGGUUCUAGGAGCGAAAUGAUGGUCACAAUAUACUCAGUUACAUAUAAUGGUCACAAUUCAUGAAAACCAACAUGUCUGCCUCUCAAAUUCGCGCAACCCCUUCUCGGUGUUGACGGAAAGGACUAUUUCCGAGCCAAAUGUACGGCUGCAAGAUAUGCCAGUCAGCCUCGUUGAUUGAGGCCGUGAGUCUGCGUUGUGGCCAUCAGUUCUGCAAGGAAUGUCUACUAUCUCUUCUACCGGACCCAGGCAGCCAUCCGGUCUCUAUCCUGCCUGAACACAUUGCUGUCGUCAUCUGUCCUCGCUGUCACGAACGAUGCGAGUACACGGCAGUACACGGGGAGCGACUCAAACAACAGGACGGUGGAGCUACGAGGGCGCCCUCACUCUGGACGGACGAGGCGGCAAAGAGGAGGUUUCGCAAGAGGGCGCAAUUCAUCCAAAUGUACCGUCGAGAAUAUGACUACUUGAAUAGAACAUCCAGGUCCCGUUUUUGCAGUGUACUGGAAGAGGAUAACGGCCGUGCUUCGAAGCAGUGUAGCUGGGACGAUAACUUGGCACGGUCAAGUGACACAUUUCGAAGAACACGAUUCGAUAAGGGGGACCCGACAAAGCACGUGAAGGGAGGGCUACCAGAUCUGGUAUCGCAGGGCAGAGGUGUCGAUGACGUCAGGGCUAUUGACCAUGUCACUGGCCGUUUCAUCACUUGCAUCAUCAUCUCCAACUCCGACCAGACACAGGUGUCAUCUGAUGCCGAAGCAUCGUCACAUCCCAUCGAGCAGCAACCGAGAAGUCCUGGUCCAUGUUCACCGUACAUUGCUCGUGCAUCACGCCGUGAAUUUCACCGACCGGCAAGGUCGGAGUUGGCCCCGUUUAUGGAUAGCCCCUCCAACUUUCUCACUGGAACACAAACCACCAAGUUCUGUUGCCUUGACUCUGACAUUCGUCGAGGAAUAGUGGCUGGAAUGUUUGUCUCUCUACUUAUUGCUGUUAUCAUUAUGACGUCAAUAAUCAGUAGUUCAUCUUGACAUAAGUUUUUCUUGACAAAGUUACAUGAAAAUGUGAUGGAAAUGACGUCGAAAGGAAAUCAAGCCUGAAACCAACCAUAACCGUCCUCUGAAUAUGUUUCAGUAUUCACAGCCCGAAUAUUCCAUUAAAAUAGGAAUUUUCUAAACGACAUCUAUCAACUUGAGAGGUAUUUUUGUCUAGGUGUAAGUGUUUCUGGUAAGCCUGUUUCCGUAAACUUGGCGCAACGGAUCAAAAAGAAAGAGAAAAACAAAUCGAAACUUGUAAAAUGUUUUUUAAAAAUGACAAUUUGAAAAAUAUCCUUCAUUCAAUAAUAUACACAUGAUGCUGAUAGUAGAAACAGGUGGAAAGCCGUAGAAAGCCAAAAGAAGUUACUGCAGCUGCUGCAAAGAAGAUGACAAUUGAACAAGAGACUGUGAAAUAUGGAAGGGCUGCGUAGCACCGUAAUCAGGACAUAGACAAGAAUACAAUACCAAAUCAGUGCUGUGAAACGUGUAACAAGAGACCGUAUUGUUUAUAGGGCGCCACCAACGGCCGCAAUAUUUCUCGAUAUUUAUUUCGGAAGCACCGCGCACAAAAAUUAAAAUCCGUUCAGUGUAUCUUUUCUCGGA